CUUUCCUUUUUUUUAAACUCAUUCCUUGUUUUCGUCUUUCUCUUUUUCAACUGGUAUUCUAGCAGUCUCCCACCCCUCCCUUCCUUUUUUCUUCACCCACCCUCUUCGUCUCUCCCAUCUUCCACAUCAGUCCCGGCUCAGUUCUUCUACGUAUGCGUUAAGUCCACUGGAGUUUCUCUCAAGAUGUCCUGGACUCGAGUCUUCGUGCUCUCUUUGCUCACCACCCUCCUCAUACUGACCCUUUCCAGUGUGGUGGGCAGCGCGGCGGUGCUGGGCGACUCAAAAGCAGUUGAUCCUAAAGGCGCAGCGCGGCAAGUGUUCGUGCCCGAGUCGGAUGCCGCCAACUUCUUCAAACGCCGCAGUCGCCGCUCAACCCGAUACUAUGAGCUGCAAGCCGAGCAGAGGGUGAGGCUUUCAGUGUACGAGCGGAGGAGGGAGUACAGCGAGGAGCAGAGGGAUGAGUACGACAACUACGUGAAGGAGGAGCGUGACGAGCAAAAUGAGAGAUCGAGGGAGACGAAUGAGCAGCUUCGAGAGUAUCAUUACGACGGCUAUCAACCUCGCUACUACUGGUUCCACUGAGUCUCUGUGCACGCAGGCCCCUCCCACCGCAGCACAGAGGCCCCUCCCACCAGAGAGAAGAGGCCUCUCCCACCGGAGCAGUGCUCACACCACCAUCAGUUUACCGGAUUCCGGAAAAUUUGAGUUUUCUCCACAAUAUGUUUUUCUGUACUUUUUGUUUUUAUAUAAGAUAAUACCUGUGCAAUGUCGAAAGCUGUAUAAAAAGGGCAGUUGGGGUAUCAUUAGCUAAUCUUUAUCAUAUUAAUUGGAGUGUCGUGUUGCAUGCAAGUUUUCACAACCUUUUCUUUUUACAUGUACAUACAAGCUAUACCAUGUCUCACGUCAGCCAGUGGCAUUAGUAGCAAUAAAUCAACCUCGUACAUUUUCAA